AUUUAAGGGCUCUAGGAAGCGGUGUCUUGUCAUACUUCAUUCCUUUAAUCCCAACCACCAUACAUCAUUUAAAUCCCCUCCAAGUAUAUAUCGCAAAUUCUUUUUACACUAUCUUUUACUGAUACUACUAUGUCUCAUCACCUUCGAGAUUCCAUAAUCUUGAUCCGCCUAGUCAUCUUAUCCCUAGCCAUCAUAGGGCUGGCUGUCGCCGGCCUUAACUCAGCCAACGCGCGUUUUGCCAUCAUCUUGCGUAAUAGAGCUAGAUCCGGACUUACCGACUCUGCCAGCACCAUCUUAGACAAAACGUUUGCUUCACUUAUGCAAAACAUCCUUGUCAACACUGUGGUCAUGGCCGUUAUAUCUACCGCCUUUGCUAUCUUCGGAAUCGCAACUGCAACUUACAGGAGAUGGCUUCGAGACAAUAAUAGACAAUGGAUGUGCUUUUCAGGUACCCAGGUCCUCUUGGCAUUGGUCCUUAUUAUUAUAGGAGGAUACCUCGCCGACUAUGUCAAUGGCUUCCAAUCCUCCUUUGACAAGUUCGGACGUGGUGAAGACAUCCCAUAUUAUACCGUUAUGUAUUUUGGGGGUAUAGCCGAGGCAUCCUACGGUGCCCUAGUCAUUGCCUUGUUCCUACUUAUAUACUCUAUCACUACGGGGGAGAGGGAGAUGAGACGUGUGGAAAUACGCAGAGAGGGAGCAGAAGACUUGUGAUAAGUGUAUGAUUUCUAAGGUUAAUUACUUCUAGAAGAUCUGGAAACAAUUAGUAUACAAAGUUACGU